AGAGAGCUUCCACUCAUUCGUUUCUGACGACCCAAACUCAACAUAACAGAAAAUGUCUGGCCGCGGUAAGGGAGGUAAAGGACUCGGUAAAGGAGGCGCUAAGCGUCACCGUAAAGUGCUCCGUGAUAACAUCCAGGGCAUCACCAAGCCCGCUAUCCGCCGUCUGGCUCGCCGCGGUGGAGUCAAGCGUAUCUCCGGUCUGAUCUACGAGGAGACCCGCGGUGUGUUGAAGGUCUUCCUGGAGAACGUCAUCCGUGAUGCCGUCACCUACACCGAGCACGCCAAGAGGAAGACUGUGACCGCCAUGGAUGUGGUGUACGCUCUCAAGAGGCAGGGCCGCACCCUGUACGGCUUCGGAGGUUUGACCGCACGACGGUAUCACUCUUUUUCUAGCAAGAAGGAGGUAAAGAUGGCAAGAACCAAGCAGACCGCUCGUAAAUCCACCGGAGGCAAAGCUCCCAGGAAGCAGCUGGCCACCAAGGCUGCCCGUAAGAGCGCCCCGGCCACCGGCGGCGUGAAGAAGCCUCACCGUUACAGGCCCGGUACCGUGGCUCUGAGAGAGAUCCGUCGCUACCAGAAAUCCACCGAGCUGCUGAUCCGCAAGCUGCCCUUCCAGCGCCUGGUCCGAGAAAUCGCUCAGGACUUCAAGACCGACCUGCGCUUCCAGAGCUCCGCUGUCAUGGCUCUGCAGGAGUCCAGCGAGGCUUACCUGGUCGGACUCUUCGAGGACACCAACCUGUGCGCCAUCCACGCCAAGAGGGUCACCAUCAUGCCCAAAGACAUCCAGCUGGCCCGCCGCAUCCGUGGAGAGAGAGCUUAGACUCACCCGCUACCACACCAACACAACAAAACGGCUCUUUUAAGAGCCACCUCACUCUCAACUCAAGAGCUCAUUCCUCUACUUGCUUCACAUGUUCAAUCAUAUUAUUACUGAAUAAUCUGUUGUUUUUUUUUUUAACAAAACCUUUAACGUUAAAUCACUAUACCUACCUUGAGAAAACACACUUUAACCUCUUAACUCCAAGUAAGACUAUAACAUGCAUAAACAAUACCUCUUGCUGUAUGGACAAAAACAUUUGCCUCGCGCAUAGGUUUACAAUAACCUUCAUUAAAUAAAGUCAAA